AUGGGACGGUCUCUCCUCCGGCCAGCGGCGAGCCUCUCACCUGCAGAGACCCUGAAGUUGGCGCGACGAGCUCCCGAAAUACUGCGGAAAAAUCCAAAGGCCUUGUCUUCAUCGCCUCUGUCGUCACUAUUUUCCGCCACCGAAACGUUGGAUACCUGGACGAUAUACGAGAAUUUGAUGAUAUCGUGUCUUCGAACAGGUGACGACGAGGCCGCAAAUGAAUGCUUGGCGAGAAUAACGCUCCGCUUCGGCGAUAAGCACGAGCGUGUUUUGGCACUCAGGGGAUUGCUAAAAGAGGCUACCGCUUGCGGCAACUCAGAGUUGCAGAGCAUAUUAGAGGAAUAUGACGCCCUACUCCAGGAAAAUGAUGCCAAUGUCCCGAUUCUGAAGAGGAGGGUAGCUCUUCUCCGAUCAAUGGGCAGGACUGCGGAUGCCAUCGCGGCUCUUAACUCGUUUCUCGACGCCUGCCCCACCGACCCGGAAGCAUGGGCUGAGCUUGCCGACAUGUACGCUGCUCAAGGGCUUUACGCCCAAGCAAUCUAUGCUUUGGAAGAGGUCCUAGUUCUGUCCCCGAAUGCCUGGAAUAUUCAAGCUCGGCUGGGCGAAGUCUCGUUAAUGGCUGCCUCGUCCGGUCUAGAAGGAGGAUCUCCGAAGCACUACGCCGAAGCUGUCAAGCGCUUUUGCCGAAGCAUAGAGCUUUGCGACGACUAUCUACGCGGCUACUACGGCCUCAAACUUGCCACCGACAAGCUCCUGGAAAACCCCCAGAAAUUGAUAAGAGACGCGGAGGGCUUUCCACUACCUGAUCAAGCUACCGUGGAGAAGUUGAAUCAGGUAGCCACGACGAGACUGGCAGAAAUCGUGCGCCGAAACCAAGCCAAUGAAAAGCUGUGGCAAGGAUAUGACGCCGGGGAGAUCGCAGCCGCUCGGGAGCUCCUGGAUAGCUCUUCCGCCAACGUCGUGCGGUAA